UAAGACACAGCCUGUGCUCUCCCACGCACUGAAGAGGUGGAUUGAAGUCAUAGGCAUGUAUGACUUCAAGCUCGACCCUCUAAAGGGAGAGUACAACAAAGUGGUUGAUGCACCAUCGCGUAGGGCAGACUAUCUUGGUGUGCUAGUGACCGAGUUUGGAAUUUCCGACGUUGUAAAUCGAUCUAUGGUGGAAGCCUAUGGAGAGGACACGGUCAUGCUCGAGAUCAUUCGCAAACUGGAAGCUAAAGACGAGGCUACUUCCGAUGAGUUUAUGCUGGUUGAUGGCUUGCUGUUCCUUGAGAAAGCUGGAAAUAAACGAUUGUGUGUUUUGUAUAAAGAGUCCUUAAGCAGUUUAUUUUUAGGUGAGUGUCAUGAUGCAACCACACAUUUUGGGUAUAAAAAGCCAGCAACAAAUUUAGUGCAAAAAUUUUGGUGGCCCACAAUGAUGGAUGAUGCGACAACAUAUGUUGAGACUUGCCAUGUUUGUCAACGUGACAAGCCAAGGAUGCAGGCACCGGUUGGGCUUAUCAAGCCCUUGCCUAUCCCUAUUGGACCUGGUUUGAGUGCAUACAUGGACUUCAUGGAUACUCUUGUGACCAGCAAGAGCGGUAAGAGACACAUCUUCCUCAUUGUGGACACGUUCAAUAAGUACGCUAGACCUAUCGCUAUGCCCGAGACAGCUAGGACUGACCACGUCAUCAAGUUAUUCAUGGACAACAAGGUAUGUGACUUCGGUCUCCCCAAGCCUAUUGUGAGCGACAAAGAUGUGAGAUUCACUAGCGAGCUCUGGCAAAAUACAGCCCAGCAAGGGGACACCCAAUUGCAAAUGACAUCAGGGAACCACCCUAAGUCAAAUGGGCCGGCUGAACAAAUGAAUCGUGUUGUGCAGCACUUGCUUCGGCAUUAUAUUAAGCCAAGUCAAGAUGACUGGGAUGAGAAGUUACCUCUCAUCGCCAGCCUAUACAAUGAUGUUGUGCACAACACUACUGUCGGUGUGCAAGAGUCGCGCAAGCUCGGGAGUCGUGGCGUAGUACUUGCAGGGAAGAAAUGGCGCUUACUUGCUCAAACCGUUGAUGAUCGUGAGAAUGUUGUCAUUCUCGAAGCAGUGGCGGGGGAGCAGGCCGGUGAUGUCCAUAGCAAUGGAGAGGCCGAGUUCCGCGGGAUAGGCAACGAGCAGUUUGAAGCAGAGUGGAAUGGGUCAUGGUGGGAUGUGGAUGUCCUAGAUCGGAUGGGUGAAAAAGUGCUCAUCCACUAUCAUGAGUACAGCGAUGCAUGCGACGAAUUUGUGGACAUAUCACGGCUUCGAAUGCGUUCAAGGAUGCUUGAGAGUAAUCACUGUCGACAAGUUAAACGUGGGAAGACUGUUCUUGUUUUCGCGGAACAUCCGGAGACACGCCACUCAUUGGCUGGGCCUGGAUGGUAUGAGGGUGUGGUGCAUCGGUUGGACCGUCGCCCGCAUGGGAAGGGAAACAGAUGCAAGUGUAAAUUUCAUGUAGGGCUUUGCCAUUUGGGAAGGAUCCAAGAGGAUUAUAACACAUGUUCUCCCCUGGCAAGGAAAGAAAAUGCCACUAUCGAGGGUGUUGUCAAUCAUAUGGCCUUCCUUCAAGCGCCGUGUGCAGCUAAAGUUGAAGCUUUGGUCUACAGUCGGCUUGAUGGUGAUUACAGUCGCAUACCUUCUUGCCCUCGUGGUCACCGCUCUUGGUCCCAUGAUAUCUGGUCUGCGAAAGAAAACCACCUCUGCUGCGAGCUGCGGCCAGGGGGAAGUUUGCUGUCAGCAGAUCCUUCUGAAGAGGGGGGAAAAAGUUCAAACGAAAUGUGGAAGAGAGAAUCUGCAAAUGGGAUUCAGAUGGACCGCUCUGCAAGCACAGUUCGUAUCCGAAAAGGUAGGUCAAGCACGAUCACCGAUACUGCAGCAUCUAGAAUGAAAAGCAUCAGUUCAUCGGUAGAGCACACUGUACGUAGAAGUGAGCGCAUUCAAGCUAUUCAAUUCUGGAAGGAGAUGGAGAAGGAGGUUGUCCACAAUCACAAUAAUGACUCAGAAGUGGGUAAAGAUAUUGAGAGGAUUGCCAAUGGAGCAGCAGUAGCAGGAGCACAUGCUGAGAUUAUGUCUCGGCUAAAAGAGCUCGAAAUAUCAGAAAAUCGGCACUUGACAGAUCAACCUUCAGAUGAGACCGAUGAUGCUGAGGAGGAAGGGGAGAUGGAAUGGGGAGGGAACGGAGAUGAUCUUUGGAAGGAUGACCUAGGUGAUGCCGAAGUUAACCAGGUUGCAGAGAACUUUGAAGAAGGUUCAGGUGCUGCUGCAGUUUUCUUAAAGGAGAACGGCAAUGAUGUUGAUGAUGAUGAAGGUCAUGACAGUGAUGGUGAUGAGGAGGAGGAAGGGGUGGAGUCAAUGGAGGAGGAGGAAGGGGUGGAGGCAAUGGAGGAGGAGGAGGUGGAGGCAAUGGUGGAGGAGGAGGAGAAAGACUGUGGUUUCAGUGUUCCGAGCGAGAAACAACACCAGGAAAUGGCGAAACAGCACCAGGAACUGGAGAACUUCCGACGGGCAGUGCGGAACGACAAGGAUCUGCACGAGGGUGCUACACGGGCACUUGAACAGGACUUGGAGCAAGCAUUACAAAGACCAGACACUGGGGAACCCAGCAAUGCAGCCCCAACCUGCUUGUUGGGGAAACAAGUUGACCAUGUACUCGCAAUGCUCGGCGACAUCAGCACCUUCGCCGCACCAGCCACCAUCAGCGAGCAGCUCGGCACCUUGCAGAUUGAACUCAGGCAGCUACACCAGCCGCCCGACAACGAUCGCAGCACCAGUGCAUCAAAGUUGCUGAUGUCAUCUGGCCGUCAUCCAGGGAUUAACGGUCAGAUUGAACAGAUGAACAAGAUCCUGCAACAAGUUCUGCACAUGUACAUUAGACCAGAUCAAGUCAAUUGGGACGAGAUGUUGCCCAAGGUAGUCAGUGCGUAUAACAACAGCGUGCACCUGUCCACUUGUCGCACUCCCAACAAGUUACACAAGUCCUUUAGACCGCGCAGACCGUUUGAGGGACUGAACCAAGACCAGAUUCACAGGCUACCGCCCGACACCAGGGAGUUCGCGAUACAGCACGAAAAAGAGCUAGCUACAGUCAUUGAAAAACUCAGGAAGGCCCAGCAUAGAAUGGUAGAGCAAGCCAACAAGCACCGUCGCCCAUCGCAGUUCCAAGUAGGCGACUUAGUCUGGGUCAAGUCCAAAGAGUUUGCUCCAGAGGAAAACAUUUCCCAGAAGUUACUGCCAGCGUACAGGGGACCAUGGCCAGUUCUAGAAGUCAAGGGCGGAUAGGAUGGGCCGUCCUACACAGUAGAGAUCCCAGCACACCUCCACACCUACCCCGUGUUUCAUGCAUCAAAGUU